GGGGAGACUCCAAACAGUGAGCCCUGGAGCUGGAGAACAGCGUUUACCGGCGGAGCGGCCGGUUUAAUGAAUGAAGGUAUGGCUACUGAUUCCCCUAGAAGACCCAGUCGGUGUACUGGUGGAGUUGUGGUUCGCCCUCAGGCUGUCACAGAGCAGUCCUAUAUGGAAAGUGUUGUGACUUUUCUACAAGAUGUUGUACCGCAGGCUUACAGUGGAACACCUGUAACAGAAGAAAAGGAGAAAAUAGUCUGGGUCAGAUUUGAAAAUGCAGAUUUGAAUGAUACUUCAAGAAAUCUGGAAUUUCAAGAGCUACAUAGCACUGGAAAUGAACCCCCACUGCUGAUUAUGAUUGGCUACAGUGAUGGAAUGCAGGUCUGGAGCAUUCCUAUUAGUGGUGAAGCACAGGAGCUAUUCUCUGUUCGCCACGGUCCAAUUCGAACAGCUAGAAUCUUGCCUGCUCCACAGUUUGGUGCUCAAAAGUGUGAUAAUUUUGCAGAAAAAAGACCCCUUCUUGGUGUUUGUAAGAGUGCUGGAUCUUCAGGCCCAACCACACCUUACUGUUGUGUGGAUCUGUAUUCACUUCGUACUGGAGAGAUGGUCAAAUCUAUUCAGUUCAAAACAGCUAUUUAUGAUCUCCACUGCAACAAGAGGAUCCUCGUCGUAGUCUUGCAAGAGAAAAUUGCUGCCUUUGAUAGCUGUACUUUCACAAAAAAAUUUUUUGUCACAAGUUGUUAUCCUUGUCCUGGUCCAAACAUGAAUCCUGUUGCUCUUGGGAGCCGCUGGCUUGCUUAUGCUGAAAACAAGUUGAUUCGGUGUCAUCAGUCUCGUGGUGGAGCCUGUGGCGACAACAUUCAAUCUUAUACAGCCACAGUCAUUAGUGCUGCCAAAACAUUGAAAAGUGGCCUGACAAUGGUUGGGAAAGUUGUGACUCAGCUGACAGGCACGCUGCCCUCAGGUGUGACAGAAGAUGAUGUUACCAUCCACAGUAACUCACGACGGAGUCCUUUGGUCCCAGGCAUCAUUACAGUUAUUGACACUGAAACUGUUAGAGAAGGCCAGGUGCUUGUGAGCGAAGACUCUGACAGCAAUGGCAUUGUGGCCCACUUCCCUGCCCAUGAGAAGCCAGUGUGCUGUAUGGCUUUUAAUACAAGUGGGAUGCUUUUAGUCACAACAGACACCCUUGGGCAUGACUUUCAUGUUUUCCAAAUUUUGACUCACCCUUGGUCCUCAUCCCAAAGUGCUGUCCAUCAUCUGUAUACUCUGCACAGGGGUGAAACAGAAGCUAAAGUGCAGGACAUUUGCUUCAGCCAUGAUUGUCGCUGGGUUGUGGUCAGUACCCUUCGGGGGACUUCUCACGUGUUCCCCAUCAACCCUUACGGUGGCCAGCCUUGUGUUCGUACACACAUGUCACCACGAGUAGUGAAUCGCAUGAGCCGUUUCCAGAAGAGUGCUGGACUAGAAGAGAUUGAACAAGAGCUGACAUCAAAGCAAGGAGGUCGCUGUAGCCCUGUUCCAGGUUUAUCAAGCAGCCCGUCUGGCUCACCCCUACAUGUAGGGAAACUGAACAGCCAAGACUCUUACAAUAAUUUUACCAACAACAACCCUGGCAACCCUCGACUUUCUCCUCUCCCGAGCUUGACAGUAGUGAUGCCUCUUGCACAAAUCAAGCAGCCAAUGACAUUGGGGACCAUCACCAAGCGAACAGGCAAAGUUAAACCACCUCCACAAAUUUCACCCAGCAAAUCGAUGGGCGGAGAAUUUUGUGUGGCUGCUCUCUUUGGGACAUCCAGGUCAUGGUUUGCAAGUAAUGCAGGUCUGAAAAGAGAAAAAGACCAGUCGAAACAAGUUGUUGUUGAAUCUCUCUACAUUAUUAGUUGCUAUGGCACCUUAGUGGAACACAUGAUGGAGCCCCGGCCCCUCAGCACUGCUCCCAAGAUAAGUGAUGACACCCCACUGGAGAUGAUGACGUCACCUCGAGCCAGCUGGACGCUGGUUAGGACGCCUCAGUGGAAUGAAUUACAACCACCAUUCAAUGCAAACCAUCCCCUGCUCCUUGCUGCAGAUGCAGUACAGUAUUACCAGUUCCUCCUUGCUGGCUUGGUUCCCCCUGGAAGCCCGGGUCCCAUUACUCCACAUGGGUCCUAUGACAGUUUAGCUUCAGACCAUAGUGGACAGGAAGAUGAAGAGUGGCUAUCCCAGGUAGAAAUUGUAACACACACUGGACCCCACAGACGUCUGUGGAUGGGCCCACAGUUCCAGUUCAAAACCAUCCACCCCUCAGGACAGACCACCGUAAUAUCAUCUAGUUCAUCUGUGUUGCAAUCUCAUGGUCCCAGUGACACUCCACAGCCACUUUUGGAUUUUGAUACCGAUGAUCUUGAUCUCAACAGUCUCAGGAUCCAGCCAGUUCGCUCUGACCCAGUCAGCAUGCCAGGGUCAUCCCGUCCAAUCUCUGAUCGAAGGGGAGUUUCCACAGUGAUUGAUGCUGCCUCAGGUACCUUCGACCGGAGCGUGACGCUGCUGGAGGUAUGCGGGAGCUGGCCAGAGGGCUUCGGGCUGCGGCACAUGUCCUCCCUGGAGCACACAGAGGAGGGCCUCCGGGAGCGGCUCGCAGAUGCCAUGGCAGAGUCCCCCAGCCGGGAUGUCGUGGGAUCUGGAACAGACACAGCCCUUGACGUAGCAGUAACAAACAUCACCCCUGAGAGACACAUGGCUGUGAAGUGUUUUGGGAAAAAAAAAGGAAAAAAAAAACAAUGCCAACAGCCCAGCGUCCGUGAACAACCCAACAGUAACAAAGCAUGCAUUCGGGAUGGAGGAAGAACUUCAGCGAGAGGGAAGCAUCGAGACUCUGAGUAACAGUUCAGGCUCCACCAGCGGCAGCAUCCCAAGAAACUUUGAUGGCUACCGGUCUCCACUCCCCACCAAUGAGAGCCAGCCCCUCAGCCUCUUCCCCAGCGGCUUCCCGUAGGUACCAGCAACCUGCUUCUGACUGGCUGGCCUACUCACCCACUAGAGGGAGGGGGAGGAGCCCCCUCUGCCUCCCCCUUCAGCCUCUGCUCCUCUGUCAUCCACCACCUUUCCUAAGCUUAGUGACAACAGCCACCCAUCCUGGAUGAGAAGAGACCCUUCAAAGCACCUUGGCGCUCCCUGACCUCUGCCGCUCCUGUCCAUGGGGGCUGUGGCCAAGAAAGACUGCAGGAGCUCAGUCCCCUUCUCCAUUUGCACAUGAUGUCCUGUAUUGGAUCCGCUUUUGUAUUUCCUAACCAUACCCCCAGGGAGCCUGGAACAGUGACCAGAUCUUGGAGCCUGGGUGGGGGGAAGGCAGCCCUUAGUGGACAGGCUCACCCCCACUGUGGCUAUGAGCCAUACUGCCCCCCACCCCAGAUUCCCUUGCACAGCCUCCCCAGUGUGGGGAAAACUGAGGCCCAGUGUCCUAGGGAAGGAAUAUGGAAGGAGAGCCCUCCCCUUCCCUCUUGCUUCCCUGCUGGCUCAUGGAAAAACUUUUUCUUAUCUUUAAGCCCUUGUACCCCUGGUCCUGUGCUGUCUAGUGAAGGAAACCUUGGAUACUGAGGUCCUGUCAAAAAGUGCACGUCUUGUUCAAUAAAUCACGCUGCAAUUGG